AAUCCAGUAAUAACAUUAAGUCCACUUUAGUGGAUUUGUAAAACAAUCUAAGGGAUCUUCUGUAAGGUUUUGGACUAACAGGCGAGGUCAACGUUCCUCCCUGUAGUUAAACACAUUAGACCCUGGACACUAAGAUGUACCAAUAAUCCCUCUGUGGACCCACCUACACAGGUGAAUAUAAAGUCCAGAUGAGACAGCACACAGACACCAAACCUCAUCAGAGGAGAAUCCUGAACAUCUCCAUACACUGAGACAACAUGGAUCCAAGAGCCUCCUUCUCCAUUCUGAUGCUGCUGGUUGGCUUCUCCCAAGCAUUUAUUCUACCGGAGCAGAAGCUUGCAGAUAUGUUAAUAGAGCCAGAAGAUGUGGACAUCACAACAACAAUCUUAGAGACCAACAAUGGAUCUACUGAAAUCUUGCUUGAAGGAGAUCUGCUGUUUCCCAAAACCAGAAAUGCUCUCUACUGCUUAACCAACAACUGUUUCUGGAAGAAAAACGCCAACAAUCUAGUUGAGGUCCCUUACAUACUGAGCAGUGAAUACACAUCUAAUCAGAUUAGUAUUAUCCAGAACGCCAUGGCGUCCUUCCACAGCAAAACCUGCAUCCGCUUUGUGCCCAGAUCAUCUGAGGUCGACUACAUCAGUAUUGAGAGCAAAUCUGGGUGUUACUCGUCUCUUGGUAAAACAGGUGGCAAACAGGUGGUCUCCCUCAGCAAGGUCGGCUGUAUGAUCCAUGGCCUCAUUGAACAUGAGCUCAAUCACGCCCUGGGCUUCUACCAUGAGCAAUCAAGGAGCGAUCGUGACCAGUACAUCAGGAUCAACUUUGAAAACAUUGCUCCUGAUAUGGCCUACAACUUCGUCAAAAAGAACACCAACAAUCAAAACACUCCAUACGACUACAGCUCCAUCAUGCACUACAGAAGAACGGCCUUCGCCAUCCAGGCCGGAUUGGUAACCAUCACUCCCAUUCCCGAUGCGUCUGUGUCAAUCGGACAGAGAAAGGAAAUGUCUGACAUCGACAUCCUGAGGAUCAACAAACUGUAUGGAUGCUAAAGCCGAGGCUUAUGAAGAUGUGAUGUUACUGAUACAGUAGUUUAAUAGAGGUUAUGUGUAGAUGUUCUUUGUCUUUCAUUGGUGUUGGAUUUCCCAUUUUUAGAUUGCGUGUGGAAAAAUAAACUUACUCAUAUCACAAGA